AUGGACUUAGUACAAAAUCCGAACAACAAUAGAGAUGGCAUGAACAACGAAGUAUCUUCCACUUCGACAAACGUCCCAGUAAAAAGAUUAACGAAAGUUUACAAAAAGCAUUAUAAAGAAACUGCUAUAUCGGACAAUGAAAUGGGACCACGCCAGAGGAACUUACAAGCUAGAAAUCAUUAUAAAAGUACAGGGAACUUAAAUGAAGGAUACAGAGACAUUAGAUCUCUGCAAAGCAGCAUCAGCAAUAUAGAUUUGAGCCUACAUAGGGAUGAUAUUAAGAAAUUCGAGUCGUUACAAAUACCUAUAGUUGGUUAUGAGAUAAUGGAAGAAAGAGCUCGGUUCACGAUAUACAAACUCAAAGUCGAAGAUGAUAAUUCUGAUCAAAGCUGGCUAGUAUUCCGUCGGUACACCGAUUUUGUAAGAUUAUAUUCUAGAAUAAAGGCUGAACAACCGAAUUUGAACUUACCGCUGCCAGGAAAGAGGUGGUUCCGUGAUAAUUUCGAACCAGCCUUUCUAGAAGACCGAGUCAGAGGGUUACAGAUUUUCGUGAACGCAAUUUUGAUGAAGCUCCCAAACCAUCCUGUUGUUCGUGAAUUCUUUUGUCUAGAUGAGCCCCCUCAAGUCUUUAGUUAUCAGCCUGAAGUCCAGGCAGUGUAUGGAGCACUAGAAGACUCAAUAAGUACGUUAAAAAUGCAGCUGAAACAAAAAGAUGCGACCAUUUUGCAUUUACAAAAGAGAUUGGCUCAGUUAGAAGCUCAAGUUAAAAGUUGUGGCAAUUGUAGUUCAAAUGUGUAA